UCUCACAGUGAGAAAUACGCUGGCAGGCCUGGGGUGGGACAGAGAACAUGGCUGAACCACGGCGGGAGAGCACCAGCAGCCUGCAGAGGAAGAAACCUCCCUGGCUCAGACUGGACAUUCCCACGGCUCAGAUGUCACUAGAUGAGCCUCCCACUUUUGUUCAGCCGGUGAAGAGGCAGGGGUUCCUGCGCAGUAUCAGCAUGCCAGUGGAGACCUCUCACCUCCAGUCCCCACCCCGCGACCUCUUUGACACCCGGCGGCCUGUCUUGCAACGCCAAUCAUCCAUUACUCAGACCAUAAAGAGGGGAACAGCGGACUGGUUUGGGGUCAGUAAGGACGGCGAUGCCACCCAGAAAUGGCAGAGGAAAAGCCUGCGCCACUGCAGCCUGCGCUACGGAAAGCUGAAACCACAGGUGAUCCGAGAGAUGGAUCUGCCCAGCCAGGACAACAUCUCCUUAACUAGCACUGAGACCCCACCUCCUCUUUAUGUCCCCACCUCACAGCAUGGCAUGCAAAAGAUUGUGGAUCCAUUGGCGCGAGGACGAGCCUUCCGUAUGGUGGAGGAGGUUGAUGGCUACAGCGUGCCUCAGACCCCCAUCACCCCUGGAGCCACCUCGCUUUGUUCCUUCACCAGCUCCCGUUCAGGUCUCAACCGACCGCCUCGCCGACGUAAGAGGGAAUCUGUGGCAAAGAUGAGUUUCAGAGCCGCAGCAGCACUGGUCAAGGGACGCUCAUUACGAGAGGGCACUCUAAAACGGGCCCAAAGACGCAGCUUCACCCCCGCCAGCUUCAUGGAAGACGACAUGGUCGACUUUCCAGAUGAACUGGACACAUCUUUUUUUGCCAGAGAUAUAAUGAUGCAGGAGGAGAUGUCCACGUAUGCAGAUGAAGUGUUUGAGUCACCGUCUGAGGCAGCCAUGAAAGAUGAAGAGCCCAGCAGCAAGAAGGAUGAGACGGAGCUGACAGGCAGUGCCCUCGAUAAGACAGAGCUGGAGAAAAGUCACCUCAUGCUACCUCUGGAGCGAGGGUGGCGCAAAGCCAAAGAAGGAACUCCAGGGCCACCAAAGGUGCCCUUGCGGCAGGAGGUGGUGAGUGUUACCGGACAGCGGCGUGGGCAGCGCAUCGUUGUACCUGUCAAGAAGCUUUUUGCCCGAGAGAAGAGGCCUUAUGGAUUGGGCAUGGUAGGGAAGCUGACAAACCGCACCUACCGCAAGCGCAUUGACAGCUACGUUAAGAGGCAGAUAGAGGACAUGGAUGACCAUAGGCCUUUUUUUACAUACUGGAUCACCGUUGUCCAUUUACUCAUCACUAUACUGGCUGUAUGCAUCUAUGGUAUUGCACCAGUGGGCUUUUCCCAGCAUGAGACGGUUGAUUCUGUUUUAAGAAACAAAGGUGUGUAUGAAAAUGUCAAGUUUGUACAACAGGAGAACUUUUGGAUCGGGCCAGGUUCGGAAUCUCUGAUCCACUUGGGGGCCAAAUACUCUCCAUGCAUGCGGCAGGACAAACAGGUGCAUGAUCUUAUCAGGGAAAAGAGAGCUAUCGAACGCAACUCUGCCUGCUGUGUGCGCAACGAUCGCUCUGGCUGUCUCCAAACCUCAGAAGAGGAAUGCUCGAGUACUCUAGCUGUGUGGGUAAAGUGGCCAAGGCAUUCCAGCACUCCCCAGUUAAAUGGUAAAGAAAGACAGUAUGGCUCUGUGUGCCAUCAGGAUCCAAGGAUAUGUCUAGAGCCUGCCUCAGUAUCACCUCAUGAAUGGCCUGAUGACAUCACCAAGUGGCCAAUUUGUACCAGGUACAACACAGGGAACCACACCAACCUGCCUCAUAUAGACUGUACCAUCACAGGCCGACCCUGUUGCAUUGGAACCAAAGGGAGGUGUGAGAUCACAUCCCGGGAAUAUUGUGACUUCAUGAAGGGCUACUUUCAUGAGGAGGCUACUCUCUGCUCUCAAGUACACUGCAUGGAUGAUGUAUGUGGACUGUUGCCUUUCCUCAACCCUGAGAUCCCAGAUCAGUUUUACAGACUCUGGCUCUCACUUUUCCUGCAUGCCGGGAUCCUUCACUGCCUGGUGUCGGUGGCUUUCCAGAUGACCAUCCUGAGGGACCUGGAGAAGCUGGCGGGCUGGCUGCGCAUCUCAAUCAUUUACAUCCUCAGUGGCAUCACUGGCAACUUAGCUUCAGCCAUCUUCCUGCCUUACAGAGCAGAGGUGGGGCCUGCCGGCUCUCAGUUUGGGAUCCUGGCCUGCCUGUUCGUGGAGUUGUUUCAGAGCUGGCAGAUCCUUGCCCAGCCCUGGAGGGCUUUCACCAAGCUUCUGUGUGUAGUGCUCUUCCUCUUUGCCUUUGGGCUGUUGCCCUGGAUCGACAAUUUUGCCCACAUAUGUGGCUUCAUCUCUGGCUUCUUCCUGUCCUUCGCCUUCUUACCCUACAUCAGCUUUGGCCGGAUGGACCUGUACCGCAAACGCUGUCAGAUUAUUGUAUUCCUGCUGGUGUUUGUUGGGCUCUUCUCAGGCCUCGUGGUGCUCUUCUACGUCUACCCAAUCAAGUGUGAAUGGUGCGAGUUGCUCACCUGUAUCCCCUUCACGGACAAGUUCUGCGAGAAGUACGACCUCAAUGCUCACCUACACUGAAGUGUGGACACAAUGAGCGCAACAGGAGGGCAUCAGGUCAAAAGCCAGUCUGUGUCUCCACUCUGCUCCUGUAUGACUGUUCCCUCCCCUGUGAACAGUGACAAUGUACUUGUUUUUUUUUUACUCUGUAUGAAUACCUAUGCCACGCAUCUUAAGGACUUCCUUUAAUCACCUCCCUGUUCACCUGUUUACCCACAGUCAUUGUCACUUCGUCACUGUCCAGUGAAACAAAGGUAUGGCACUUCUGAACCUCAUUAAAGCUCCCAGUUGCCCUUUACAUGUGAGGCAGAAAUUAGAGAAGCUGGCACUGGUACAGAGAGAAGGGAUUUUUUUUUUUUUUACAUUCACACUCCAGAAAUAAACAGGUUUUAUAAUUAUUCAGGCAAUCUCAUACAGAAGCAGGGACAAAAAUGAAAUCGUGAUACCUUUGGUGCCUUGUUGACAAAUGUACCAACUACUGCCAUAUUUUUGUUACAUUAUGCUGAGCACUCAAAUGUUUUCUUUUAUUUGUUUAUUGCUUCUCAAGAAGUGAUGAUUGUUUUGAACACGGUAGUGUUUUAGCUACCUGUCUACUCACAUGUAACUGAAAACAGUAAAAAAAAAAAAAAGAAAUAUACAAA